AUGUACAGAUAUUUCAGUGUCAGCGUGUCUGCAGGAAGACGGAGGAUGAGCCGAAGACUGGGGCUGAACGCAAACACAUCACAGUUCACUUUGGAGGGAGAACCUUUCCGCAUCAUUGGAGGUACCAUACAUUAUUUCCGCAUUCCAAGGGCCUAUUGGAGAGAUCGGCUCCUGAAGAUGAAGGCGUGUGGCAUCAACACAGUCACCACAUAUGUGCCAUGGAGUCUACACCAGCCCCAAAAACACCUCUUCAAUUUUCAGACGCAACUGGAUUUGGAAGCGUUUUUAAACCUUGCAUCGGAGCUGGAAAUGUGGGUGAUUUUAUGUCCAGGGCCUUACAUUUCAUCUGAACUGGAUCUCGGAGGACUGCCAAGCUGGCUUCUCCGAGAUGACAAGAUGAAACUCAGAACUACAUACGCAGGGUUCACUGAGGCGGUCAAUGCUUAUUUCGACAAGUUGAUUCCUAAUUUAGUCCCACUGCAGUUCAAAAAAGGAGGUCCUAUUAUUGCAGUGCAGGUUGAAAAUGCAUAUGGAUCUUUCGCCAAAGAUGAUAGUUAUAUGAAGUUUAUUAAAGAGGCUUUGCAAACUAGAGGGAUAACUGAGCUCUUACUUACAUCCGACUCUCAUAACACUUUAAAAUCAGGAAGUGUGAAUGGAGUUGUAAGGACAUUAAAGCUACAGAAGCUGAAUCAGAAAGACAUCCAGGAUUUGAUUGCCUUACAACCCAAUAGCCCGACAAUGAUCAUGGACUACUGGACUGGCUGGUACGAUACAUGGGGUGAGCUCCAUCAUACCCUUCCACCAGAAGAUAUGGUUUCAACAGUGAGAGAAAUUCUAAGACGGGGCAUAUCUGUCAGCUUGUAUAUGUUCCAUGGAGGAUCUAGUUUUGGUUUCAUGAGCGGAGCCCUGGCUGAUCCCACGUAUCGAGCUCUGGUUCCCAGCUAUGAUUAUAACGCUCCAUUGUCUGAAUCUGGAGAAUACACGCCUAAGUAUCAUCUUCUUAGAGAUCUACUUUCUCGCUAUAGCACAGAUGAUAGACCCUUCCCAGAUAUGCCCACUUUACAUUACAGAGAGGCCUAUGAACCUGCCAUAAUGUACCAGCACUUGUCCAUGUGGGAUGCUCUGAGCUUCACAGAAAAACCGUUCAAGUCACACAAACCAGUGAGCAUGGAGAAUCUCCCUGUGAAUGGCAACAGUGGACAAGCUCAUGGCUACACUCUGUAUGAAACCACUAUCACCACUGGAGGAAUCCUGAAGUCUGGAGACAGUGUGAGGGACAGGGCACUGGUGAGUCUGUCUAAACAUGCGCUGCUACUUUCCACCCUCCUUCAAACCUCCUUCCAAAUUCCCCCCAACCUCCUUCUAACCUACUUCCAACCUCCCUCCAAAAUCAUUCCACCCUCAUUCGACCCUCCUUCCAACCUCCUUCCAACCUCCUUCCACUCUCCUUCCAACCUCCUUCCACCCUCCUUCUUACCCUCCUUCUACCCUCCUUCCGCUCUCCUUCUACCCUCCCUCCAACCUCCCUCCAACCUCCUUCUACCCUCCUUCCGCCCUCCUUCUAACCUACUUCCAACCUCCCUCCAACCUACUUCCAACCUCCCUCCAACCUCCUUCUACCCUCCCUCCAACCUCCCUCCAACCUCCUUCCAACCUCCCUCCAACCUCCCUCCAACCUCCUUUCUACCCUCCUUCCAACCUCCUUCCAACCUCCUUCCAACCUCCUUCCAACCUCCUUCCAACCUCCUUCCACCCUCCUUCCAACCUCCUUCCAACCUCCUUCCAACCUCCUUCCACCCUCCUUCCAACCUCCUUCCACCCUCCUUCCAACCUCCUUCCAACCUCCUUCCACCCUCCUUCCAACCUCCUUCCAACCUCCUUCCAACCUCCUUCCACCCUCCUUCCACCCUCCUUCCAACCUCUUCCAACCUCCUUCCAACCUCCUUCCACCCUCCUUCCAACCUCCUUCCACCCUCCUUCCAACCUCCUUCCAACCUCCUUCCAACCUCCUUCCAACCUCCUUCCAACCUCCUUCCAACCUCCUUCCACCUCCUUCCAACCUCCUUCCACCCUCCUUCCAACCUCCUUCCAACCUCCUUCCACCCUCCUUCCAACCUCCUUCCAACCUCCUUCCAACCUCCUUCCAACCUCCUUCCACCCCUCCUUCCACCUCCUUCCAACCUCCUUCCAACCUCCUUCCAACCUCCUUCCAACCUCCUUCCAACCUCCUUCCAACCUCCUUCCAACCUCCUUCCAACCUCCUUCCAACCUCCUUCCAACCUCCUUCCAACCUCCUUCCACCCUCCUUCCAACCUCCUUCCAACCUCCUUCCAACCUCCUUCCACCCUCCUUCCAACCUCCUUCCACCUCCUUCCAACCUCCUUCCAACCUCCUUCCAACCUCCUUCCACCCUCCUUCCAACCUCCUUCCAACCUCCUUCCAACCUCCUUCCAACCUCCUUCCACCCUCCUCCCAACCUUCUUCCAACCUCCUUCCAACCUCCUUCCACCCUCCUUCCAACCUCCUUCCACCCUCCUUCCAACCUCCUUCCAACCUCCUUCCAACCUCCUUCCAACCUCCUUCCAACCUCCUUCCAACCUCCUUCCAACCUCCUUCCAACCUCCUUCCACCCUCCUUCCAACCUCCUUCCACCCUCCUUCCAACCUCCUUCCAACCUCCUUCCACCCUCCUUCCAACCUCCUUCCACCCUCCUUCCACCCUCCUUCCAACCUCCUUCCACCCUCCUGCCAACCUCCUUCCACCCUCCUUCCAACCUCCUUCCACCCUCCUUCCACCCUCCUUUCAACCUCCUUCCACCCUCCUUCCACCUCCUCCAACCUCCUCCACCACCUCCUCCCAACCUUCUUCCAACCUCCUUCCAACCUCCUUCCACCCUCCUUCCAACCUCCUUCCAACCUCCUUCCAACCUCCUUCCAACCUCCUUCCAACCUCCUUCCAACCUCCUUCCACCCUCCUUCCAACCUCCUUCCACCCUCCUUCCACCCUCCUUUCAACCUCCUUCCACCCUCCUUCCAACCUCCUUCCAACCUCCUUCCACCCUCCUCCCAACCUUCUUCCAACCUCCUUCCAACCUCCUUCCAACCUCCUUCCAACCUCCUUCCAACCUCCUUCCAACCUCCUUCCACCCUCCUUCCAACCUCCUUCCACCCUCCUUCCAACCUCCUUCCAACCUCCUUCCACCCUCCUUCCAACCUCCUUCCACCCUCCUUCCACCCUCCUUCCAACCUCCUUCCACCCUCCUGCCAACCUCCUUCCACCCUCCUUCCAACCUCCUUCCACCCUCCUUCCACCCUCCUUUCAACCUCCUUCCACCCUCCUUCCAACCUCCUUCCAACCUCCUUCCACCCUCCUCCCAACCUUCUUCCAACCUCCUUCCAACCUCCUUCCACCCUCCUUCCAACCCUCCUUCCAACCUCCUUCCAACCUCCUUCCAACCUCCUUCCAACCUCCUUCCAACCUCCUUCCACCCUCCUUCUUACCCUCCUUCUACCCUCCUUCCGCUCUCCUUCUACCCUCCCUCCAACCUCCCUCCAACCUCCUUCUACCCUCCUUCCGCCCUCCUUCUAA